CGUUUAAAAUCGUACAGGACAAACCCCGACGGAAUCUGGACUUAACGCCACGGAAUACAUAUAUACGGUGUCAGUGGCGGUGACUAAGAUAUCGACGGUCAUACUCGUUCUCUAUAGCCCGAAUAUACCGUCACAUAGUGGUGCUUGUAAUUAAUUUUUCAAGUGUGAAUUAGACUAUAAUUAUUGCAUCCGUGUAUCAUACUUAAUCGAAAUAUUUAAAUUAAAUUUAAAUAAUCUUAAAUUUAAAAAAAUCUUUAUAUGCACAACGAAAAGUUUCAUUCGUUUCAAUCACUGAUUUUACUGAUUCCUGUUCAUGUAUAAUCCAUUAGUUAUCCUGUAAUUCACUCGCGCAGUCCAUUUUUAAGAAAAAUGUUUUUUUUUUUUAACAAAUUAAUCGUUCGCAGCAAGACAUAUCUUUUUCGCGAUCGACAAUAUCUGUCAACGGUCGCGCCACACAUGACUCAAUGAUUACACAUCGGUGUUUCUACGAUCCAUCUAGCUUGUAAAGCGCAUCCGCGGAUAUAUCGACACGUGCUUCACUAUAAUCAUUUAUCGUGUUACGGUAACCUAGUUCCGUGAGAGACUCGCGCAAAAUUUAUAAUUAUGUGAUUUGAUUUUUUUAAAAGAUACCAACCCUCGCGAAAGAUAUCGCGGUGUGGUUAAAAUUAGUUACAAAGGAUAGUGAUAUAAUUGUUUUGACUUGGUGAAGUGUUUUCAAACUGAAUCUAUUAUGGUGGUCCGAAUUUAUUUUAUCAUCUCGAAAAUGAAAUUAUUUUUGGCCGUAAUAAUGAUUGCAUCCUUAGCGAACGCUUACGAUGUGCCUUGCCCCAAGUACGGAUGUCCAGGACGACCACGUUACGAGCCUUUUGUACCUGCACCUCCAGGGCACACUCCAAAUUGCGCAAAACCGGGACAAACGUUUUGUGAAAGUCUCGAUCAUUAUCCCCGACAGUUAAUUAAAUUUCUUGUGGACAAAUGCAGUUUUGACUUCAGCUCUGUGUUGAGAGACGAGUCCAGAGAGAAUUUCAAUGUUUACAGGUCGUUUCCGGCGGGUUAUGAUUAUCCAGCGCUCGGGGAUGGUCAGUUCCAUUCUGCAUUACCGUUUCUACCGCCAUCUCAAUAUCCCGGUCAAGAACCUACGCUUCUUUAUGGAGCUUCGUUGAACGACACUCAUAGCUACAAGUACACCACACCGGCUCAAGGGAAUCCGUUUCUGAGCGACGAGUCGACGUCUUUCAAAUACCAUUCUGAAGGACAAAGAGUUACGUCGGACCAUCCCUUCUACACUCAAUCUCAACCCUUGAACGCCUUUGGACAGACGCAAGCAUGGUGGACGAACAGGUAUGUGCGAAACAGUAAACUCGCACCUCGUACAUUAUUUGAAAAUCCCUUAUUGAAAUACAGCAAAUUGAGCAAGAGGCGGCGAAAAAGGCAAUCCGAUCCUGAUGCGAUCUCACUUUGUCCAACUGAGACACAGUAUAUUACGCCGAGAGCGGCUCUGAAUAAUCAAGGAAACUGGAUGUAUGUAGUGAAUCUUGAAGAUAAGAAUCAGAAAUAUUCGCAGGUAGUAAGAAGUGAAAAAUGCACAAUGAGUGUCUGCAAUGGUAUUUGUUCUGUUCCUACGGGAUACACCAGCAGAUGUCAGCAGCAGUAUGUUCAAAAGCGAUUAGUAGCGUUACAAGGAAACGGAAACCAGUUGUAUACUGACAUAUUUUGGUUCCCUCAUGGUUGUUCAUGUGAAAUUAUUCCAAAUUACUGAGAAAUGGAUUAAUUGAAUCUUGAAAACGAGAAAAAUUUAAAACAAUUACAUUUUCGUAUGAAAAUGCAAUAUUACGAAAUCUUCGAGAUGAAGAAAUUAUCUCGUUAAUUUGAGCUUUGAAAGCGGAGAAUUGCCAUGGUAGUUAAUUGAUGAAGCAAUGAACGAGACCCGAAAUAUAUGAAUUUCGAUGUCCUACAUGAAUAAACAACUGAAUAUAAUUAAUUAAGAGGAAAAUGCCAAUUUAUAUA